AUAUUGAGUUUCCUAUAUUUUGUGGACCUUCUGAAUCUCUCGCGCAUCACCAAGGCCUUUCGAAGUUUACUCGUGCGAAGGUCCUCUGCAACGCGAGAAGCUCGUCGGGAGAUUGCAAACUUUCAUGAUUGCCUAGCUGAUUUGAGCGAGCCUCAAUACUUAAAUAUGGCGUUU